UUUCCGUUCCCACAUCGUUCCCAAAUGGUUCCCAUCACUCUCUCUGUCUCUCUCUCCGUUACUCGCACUAUGAAGAAAGACUGAACACUUCGGUGUCGCGAGAGUUUGUUUUGAAGCAUAAAUCCAAGCAAGUUUGACUGAGAGAGGCGAAGAGUUUCGGACCAACAGAAAGGGGGGGGGGAUGCUCAUCAAUGCCAUGAGAGGGCUGUGUGGAUCCAAGGGCUUCAAGGCAGUGGGGGCCUGUGCGACUUCCCCCGCGGAAAUUCGUCGUCUCUGUGAGAGUCAAGAUCCCAAUCUACAAAGCAUGAACCACAUGGGACCCCACGAUGUCUGUCUGAUCCGUUUGUCUGGCCAUGAGCUUCGGGAUCCGUUGCUGCGCCUGCCUGCCUGCCUGCCUGCCUGCCUGCCUGCCUGCCUGCCUGCCUGCCUGCCUGACUAUCCACCGAUUUUCACGUUAUUCAGAAUUCUCGUAAUUUCGUUGUCUCUGCAAUGAUUUUCCUCGGCAAGGAAGGAGUACCAUCCCGGUGUCCAGGGGAUGCAUCAGCAAUCCAGGGCAGCAUGAGUGCGAGAGACUGCCAUGGUCUGAUUCAUGCCUUGCCGAGUCAGGAGAAGCAGAGGCGUCAGCCGACGGGUGGAUUCAGAUCUGUUGCCUCAGGAUUGCGUGGGAAACUACAGCUGCAGACUCGACAGCGAGGGUUGCAUGAUAACCCAUGCAUGAGUGACGCAGCUCGAAUCCGACACAGGGCGAAGCGGCUGAUCUCAGCCUACGACUACGGCCCGUGGUUCUUUCGAUUCUUCUGUUUCCGCAGGUCUAGAGCCAUCGCGAGCUUCUCUUCUCGCAAUGCUUCCUGAGAUACCCUAUCGUAGACGGUCCGCCACUUGUUACCUCCGCAGUGGAGUGGUGUAGCACCGCACUGUGGACGCCCGGCUUUUCCGAGUGCUGUCUGGAGCCUCGAGUGGGUGCGCAGCUUCGAGGACAAACAACCUUCGUGUAGCCGGUUAAGUAGUUUGUGGCUGAGGCAAUGAAUCUCUUCUGUAGCCUCCAGUUUUGUCUCACAUCGGUCUUCGACUUUGCCUGCCCCUCACUCGGUGGUUCUGCAUGCUUCAAACUCUGCGUUGCAGCGUUGUACGUUCUUUGAUAAAUUGGCUUAUCGACGAGAGGACUGGUUUUACAGAGAGUGUAUCCUGACGGUGACAUUGCUUAAGUUGGCGCAGAUUUUCACUGUAGUUUGCAGUUUGGGACUUGGGGGUGGCUCCGUCCUGUGGAUAGUUUGGUACUUUGAGAUGGAGUGUUCAAUACGGCUGAGAAUGUUGGUGGAGAAGCAGAAGACGAUUACUAUAGAGUUGGUGUGAAAAUGGGAUAAGAGCCUUGAGAAACGUCGAGCUUAGAAGCAUUCCUGUCCUUCGAAAGCUGAGAAAACAAUGGUGAUAGAUUGGUUCAUGUCAAGGAGGUGUGAAGAGGACUUUCAGAGAGAGAGAGGCAGGAGUUGUUUUCCCUUUGUGGCGUAGCCGUAGCUGUGUGUUUCGGUCUGUUUAUUAGUCCCGCGUUUUCAGAUAAGACAUUCUCAGCACCAGAGGCGUUGAAUUGAUUCCGUGUUGAAACAAAAGGGUGAGGGAGUGUAAAGAUAGUCGUAUCACAUUUUCAUCUUCGCGUUCCGAAUCGUUCACCGGAAUGGCGAGGAGAAGAGUGUUGGCCAUGGGGCCAGCGAUGGCGCGGAUGAUGUGCAUGCAAAAUCCCUACCAACAGAUCAAGAACGACGAGGCGAAGUCGAAGAAGUGGUCAUGGAUUUGGAGACGCAAGAAAUCCUUGAAACUUGGCCGUGGCGAGAAGAAGCCGAGAAGGAGAGUGGGCCUUCGAGUGGGCCGACUCCGCAUCCGGCUGCUGUCGCCCUUGGUUCUGUUGAAGAAAUUGUGCGAUUCUUACGUCAAGAUGAUGUUCGCUCUCGAAGGUAAAAUGGGUGGUGCGGGGUUUCAUAGCGCUAAUGGCCCCUCUUUCCCCGUGUACCCUAUGCACAUGCCUGGCAAGAUGGGGGUUACAUAUAAUUAUCCUCAGAAGGUGAGAUGAAAUAGAUGUCGGCUGUAGCUAAAUUUUCCGCAGACGCUUUACAACAGUCUUCAAAGUACGUGGUUCGACGUUCGAUAACACAGGGGGAGCGGGUUCGCUUCUGACAAUGACCGAGUCUACGGCAGUAGAUUUUUUUUAUUUUCAUAUUUUGGGUUUGAUUUUUAUUUUGAUUUUUGUAUAUGAAGUCAGAAUUUGAAGGAUUCUCCGUUUGGGGCUGCGGUGGUACAUAGACUGUAGAACUUUCGGACGUGCCGGUCUUUUAGAAUACUAGAUGCUGUGGUAAUUUCUGCUUGUAUGUGUCCAUUCUUCAGAAAUCAUUUCAGAUUAUGGUGGGACUUUUUCCCCUGUGACAA